AUGUCCGCAGACGAUCGCUACGAUCUUGUCAUCUAUGGGGCCACCGGAUUCACCGGCCUUCGCUGCGUGAUCUCUUAUAUUAAAUCCCCUUUGUUCCGGGAUCUAACGCUCGCUGUAGCCGGGCGCAGUGAGACGAAGUUGCGCAAAGCUCUCGAUGAUGUUUCAACGGAAACCGGUGUAAACACGCGGGACGUGGCAAUCAUCGUUGCUUCAACAGAAGAUGACGCUUCGCUUCACGCCAUGGCAAAGAAAGCCCGUGUCAUCGUCAAUGCUGUUGGCCCAUAUCGCCUCCACGGAGAAGCCGUCGUCCGAGCAGCCGUCGAAGAAGGCGCUUCCCAUGUCGACAUUUCCGGAGAACCAGCUUUUCUGGAGAAGAUGCAGCAAAAAUACUCCCAACUGGCCAAGGAAAAGGGAGUCUAUGUUGUAGGCGCGUGUGGUUGGGAUUCUAUCCCUGCUGAUCUGGGAGUCAAUUUUUUGAAGAAAAACUUCCCCGGAGAACUGAAUCACGCAGAGACGUUUGUGCAACUUGUUACCGGCCCAGCGGGUUAUUCAUUCAACGCUGGGACCUAUCAAACUCUCGUUUUGGGCAUUGCUUCGGUGAUGAGUGACGGUCUAGGAAAGAUUCGCCGCGAGAUCAUGCCGGAAAAGAUUCCGAGGCCUAGUGUGAAGCCGCCGAAGAGAGGCAAAUGCUGGAAGAUCAGCGAACCAGAAUUACAUGGAGGAUUCGCCUUGCCGUUUAUGGGAUCUGACAAGUCUAUCGUGCAGCGCACUCAAUAUUUCCAAUAUGUCGAAGAAAAGCAGAGACCGGUUCUCGUUGAAACUUACAUCCGAAUCGGCUCGUUGUUGUGGGCUGUCUUGCUUGGGCUCUGGGUCGGAGUUUUCGGGCUCUUCUGUAUGUGGGCACCGACCAGGAAGCUGCUCCAGAAAUACCCUGAUAUUUGCAGCUUCAACAUGUUCAAGAAUUCGGGACCUACACGCGAACAGAUGGAGCAGGCCGGCUUCAUCUAUUGGUUUGUGGGGCGCGGAUAUUCGAAGAAAUUGCCGCUCGAUCAAGAACACGAGGAUAAACCGGAUCAAAGGUUGGUCGUCACCUGCCGUGGACCAGACGCCGGCUACAUUGCUACCUCCGGUUGCGUGAUGUCCGCAGCGUUGGCAUUGUUGAAGGACAAGGAGCAGCUCCCGAAGAACGGUGGCGUCUACACGACGGCCUCUGCUUUCGCGCACACCCGCAUCUACGAAUACCUGGAGUCGUUCAAUGUCAAGUUCCGUGUUGAGGGAAACGGUGCAAAGAUU